GAGGAGGAGCUGCAGAUGGAGGAAGAGGAGGCGUCCUGUCCGUCUGUGUCCAGAGGAGAGGAGCGGCCGCCAUGUUAACCAAGAAGCCCGGAACCUCGGUCCUCCCGACGGGCAAAGCGGUCGAGCAGGUUUACUCUCCAGGUCACAGUGGCUCUCAGACAACGUCGCCUGUCGCACUGCCGCGACUUCGCAACAACAACCACCAUCCCCUGACGGGAGGCUCUAAAGCCGUCAUGUCGGACGCCGUCCAGCUGCAGUCUCAGUCGCAGGUCCAGAUCACCCAGCUGUACGAGGAGAACACCAACAAGCGUCCUGUCCUGACCUCCCAGCCCAACGGCCUGGCUCCUCUCAGCUCCGCCCGGCCGGGUCUGCCGCUGCCGGACCGCCAGACCUCGACCUCAGAGCCCCCCCACCACUGCCGGCAGAGCAGCGCCGCCUCCACCAAGUCGACGGACAGCAAGCCAAAGCCCACGCCGCUGACCCCGGAGCAGGCCAUGAAGCAGUUCAUGUCCAAGAUGUCAUCGUUCGAACACCAAGAGGUCUUCAGCUUCCCUGAAGUGUAUUUCGUUGGUCCGAAUGCUAAGAAGAGGUCAGGGGUCAUGGGAGGAGCCAACAACGGCGGCUACGACGAUGAUCAGGGAUCCUACAUCCACGUUCCACACGACCAAAUCUCCUACCGCUACGAAGUCCUGAAGGUCAUCGGCAAGGGCAGCUUCGGACAGGUGGUGAAGGCCUUCGACCACAAGUCUCAGACCCACGUGGCUCUGAAGAUGGUCCGCAACGAGAAGCGCUUCCACCGGCAGGCAGCAGAGGAGAUCCGCAUCCUGGAGCACCUGAGGAAGCAGGACAAGGACUCCAGCAUGAACGUCAUCCACAUGCUGGAGAACUUCACCUUCAGGAACCACAUCUGCAUGACCUUUGAGCUGCUCAGCAUGAACCUGUACGAGCUCAUCAAGAAGAACAAGUUCCAGGGCUUCAGCCUCCCGCUGGUCAGGAAGUUCGCCCACUCCAUCCUGCAGUGUCUCGACUCGCUGCACAAGAACCGCAUCAUCCACUGCGACCUCAAGCCUGAGAACAUUUUACUCAAGCAGCAGGGACGCAGCGGCAUCAAGGUCAUAGAUUUUGGUUCGAGCUGUUAUGAACAUCAGAGAGUUUACACCUACAUCCAGUCCAGAUUCUACCGAGCGCCAGAGGUCAUUCUAGGUGCCAGGUACGGGAUGCCAAUCGACAUGUGGUCUCUUGGCUGCAUCCUGGCAGAGCUGCUGACCGGUUACCCACUGUUGCCGGGCGAAGACGAAGCAGACCAGCUGGCCUGCAUCAUCGAACUUUUGGGCAUGCCAAGCCAGAAGCUCCUCGACGCCUCCAAGAGAGCCAAGAACUUUGUGUCAUCUAAAGGAUACCCCCGGUACUGCACCGUCACCACGCUGCCUGACGGCACCACCGUGCUGAACGGUGGCCGCUCACGGCGAGGGAAGGUACGCGGCCCACCGGGCAGCAAGGAAUGGAGCACGGCACUGAAGGGCUGCGACGACCCGCUGUUCCUGGACUUCCUCAAACAAUGUCUGGAGUGGGACCCUGCGCUCAGGAUGACGCCCAGCCAGGCGCUGCGCCACCCGUGGCUGAGGAGACGACUUCCCAAGCCGCCGACAGGAACCACCACAGAGAAGACCUCCUCCUCUAAACGGGGCACCACCACCACCGACGGCGCCAUCACCUCCAUCUCCAAGCUCGCCACCACCUCCUCAACCACCACGUCCUCCUCCUCCAAAACCAGGACUAACUUGGCAGCGAUCACCGAUGCCAAUGGAAACAUCCAGCCUCGGACGGUGCUGCCCAAACUAGUCAGCUGAGAGUGAACGCACCCCGCUCGCUGCAGUGGGAGUUGCCGCUCGUGAGCAAACCAGCUGGAACUAAAAUAAAACUGGUUUUGUCCAGUUUUGAAAAGCAUUUGUUUUAUUUCACGCUGGCUUUCACAGCGUUGUUGGGAGUGCAUUCAGGACAAACGCAGUGAGCUUCGGGGUGUUAAGAUGUGCAACAAACAGCCGGGCUGCGAUGUUCGCCGCACUGAAGGAUACUUUAUAGAUAAACCUGGGUGCGUUCAGACUCCUCAAAUUCUUAGAAACGGACACAUUGUGAGCAGGAAGUGACAACACGUUUAGGAUGAUGGCGGGGCUGCUCAGACAAUCAUCACUCUGUAGCUCCAAACACUCAGACACAUCCACAAACAUGGUGCUGACGGAGGGAACAAGGCUUUUUUAUGUUUCUACCACAGAAUCUUUUUAGCUGAGCUGAUUAAUCGACACCAAAAACGACUUUGUAUGACGUUAGUCUUACAGGGUUAUAUCUGUGGACAGUCGUUGGGUCAGAUACAGUCAGAUAUGUCCUUGUAACACUAAAAAAAAAAAAACAAUUAGCUUUCUAAUCUGUGUUUCAUAUCACUAUGAAACAAUCCUGUUUUAUGUUUUAGUUUUGGGAUCAUUGGGGAGCAUUUCGUUGUUACUUUUGACUUAAAUUAUCACACGAUUAAUCAGAAAAACUAAUCCUAGCGACCCUGACUGAAGCAUCUACCUGUUAGCUUUGUGCCUGUCAGCUGGCUAACUGUUAACUGGCUAAUAACCACUGGUUAGUUGUGUUUAGGUGUCACUUUGCUACCUUUUAACCGGCUAGCAGUUAGCCUAGCAAACUUUAAAUCAGUCAGCUCGCUACAGCUGGCUCACUAUUUGCCUUUUUUUGGCAGUCUGGUGGCUAGCGUUAGCCUUUUCUUAGCCAUAGCCUGUUAGCUCUCCACUGCCCAGCCUUACGAAGCACAGACUUAGACUUUAUAAGUGUUUAUAGUUGUCUGAAGGUUCGUAGAGAAGAGGAGGGAGUCAAAACAAGUAUGUUUGGGUAAAGUCACACCAUUUUGUUCCCUAUUAUUUAACCAUAUCUGAUUAUUCAGGAUGCAAGAUGGCCGAGGGAACGUAGAGAAAAGAAGAAGGUAGAGUGAAGGCAGUUCAACAGACAGGUCAUAAAAUUAAAGGGCUCUAAUAUUUAAAAAAAAUGUUGGCAAGCAAAGUCUGAAAAAUGAACAGUAUGAACUGAAACAGCAGGUUAGCAUUUAAUUAGUCAAACUAAGUUCUGAUCCAAUGAAAUAUUAAUAUAUUUGACAAGUCAUGAAUGCAAAAAAAAAAUUUAAUAGUGCGGUAGUUGUCUGUGUACUUGACACACUACAACCAUUUUAAAUUAUUGCUUUUAUGAAUUAAUGUUAACUGAAAGAAGAGUAAAUAACUAUCAAGGCUAAUUCAUGUUUUAGAAUUAUGCUAAAUUUAUGCUAAAAUUCAUGCUAAUAAAACCCCAGGCUUUGGGAAAACACUUAGACACACAAAAAUCACAUGUCACAGCAGAGAGCAGCGUUUGUUUAGCUGUAAAAUGUGGAGGAAGAGGCGACCCAGCAUACAGAGCUGAAAGUCACAGUGGCUCCAUUUCACAGCUUUAAAUCACAGAUGAACUCAGCCUACAUGGAGUCUCUGUGUCUGAAUAAUAAAGAUCUUUUAUGACCUUUAGUAAACUUUAUGGAACAUGAGCUCAGUGUCACAUACAGCCUGAGGGCACCUAACAUAAAGGACAACAAGAAGAGGUGUGCUGUUUGUAUCCGGAUACAUCAGUCUGGGUUAAACUGCAGCGUUUUGUCUCGCAUGUCAAACAGAGAGCCAAGAUUUAAAUUCCUACACCAAUUGAACGCCUCCUGAAGACGUGGCUUAAACUGAAGGUGAAGACUCAGACAAGGAAGUGUAAUUUUAUUUGGAAGAAAAACCUCCUGAGCAACAUAUUUACAGUCUGCUGUCUCUGAGAGGAAGAAUCAGUCGUGUGACGGUGCUCCGGCUUUAAUUCAGGGUUUCUUCUCAAGUAAUAAACAAUUUAGACACUAAACAUAUCCACUAAAACACAUAAUCAUUAAAACGGGUCCAGUCACAUCGGUAUGUGUCGCGGUCAGUUGUGAUACAUGUGUGCUUAAAUGUUUCAACUGACAUUAGCAAAAGAAAAAGCGAAUAAAUGCGCGUCUCCAUCCACUACCUUUAUGCUAAUAUUACAGCUAAUAAUAUUACGCUAAUGGCAGUGGAUGCCGCUGUUUCUGCAGUCAGGCGUCAUUAAACUGGUGAAAAGAGAUGACGCAAAUUAAAGCGGUCCAAUACAGUGACAAACGAAUGUAAACAAUGUGGAAAACACAAAUGUUUACGAUGCAUGAAAAUCAAUUCCAGUAGCAUGACAUGUGAUAAAGAGAUAAUUUAAGUAAAAUCAGAAUGAACGUUCUGAUAAAAGAUUUAAAAACAACCAUUAUUGUCAUGUCCUACUCCUGCAGGUGCUGUAGCCUGCAUCUUGCUCAAUGCAUGCUGGGAACUGGUUAAUCCAGUGUACCCAGUUUCACCACUCGCUCCUGAAACAGCCUGUAAUCUCAUCAUCACAUGAAGGUAUCACUCUGGUGCCACUUCCUGGUGUGACUUGGCCCUGAUGUUAGCAGAAAACCUUGUUUCACGCAACAGAUACUGGCAUUACAAGUACACGUGUGUGCAACAGAGUUACAGGGGAAAGAUGGAAAGAAAUAGAUUAAAUGAAAUAAAACAAAUUUUUAAAAAAACAACCUAGUUACAGUAAUGUGUAGACAGUGAGCCCUUUAAACAUUUAAUCAGUAGUGGUAAUAAUGACAGAUAUCAGCAACCACUUUGUGACCAGUUAGAAUUACUGGCCAACACAUCCAUAAUGUAAAAUUAAGAUACCUAUAACUUAAUUACAAGUCGUCAGCUUUAACCAUUGAUUUCUAUUAAAAUUCAGUUACAGAUAUCUCAGGUUCAGUUUUGAUGUUAUAAUUCCAGAUCGACAUAUCCAUAAUGUGACUUUGACUAGCUACAAAUCCAGUUAAGGAUAUUAACAGUUCAUUUAUUAUGAGUGGAAAUAUUUAUCAGGAUAUUUGUAACUUGAUUACAAUUUGUCAACUUUUACCAUUGACAUCUGUAACCGAUCCCAAAUCCAAAAUCGAUAAUGUAAUUUAAAUUGUUGCCAUUAUGACGAAGAAUAUCAACAGUUUAUUUCUCGCUAUAGGAAAAGUUCAUGGUGAAUAUCUGUAACUUCAUUACCACCAGUCAACUUUCACCAUUGACUUCUAUUCAGAAUCAGUUGCAGAUAUCUAUAAUUAAAUUUUGACACGUCGUAAUUCCAAAUUAACACAUCCAAAAUGUAAUUUUGAAUAGUUGCAAUUCUGACUAGUGAAAAUGUUCUUUGUAGAUAUCAGUAACUUAAAUACAACUAGUCAACUUUUACCAUUGACUUCUUUUCAAACUCAAUUACAGAUGUAAUUCCAAAUUGACGUAUCCAUAAUGUAAAUUUGACUAGCUGUAAUUCUUGUUAAGGAUAUAAACAACUACUUUAACACCAGAGGAAAUGGUUACUGUAGAUGUCUGUAACCAGUCAACUUUUACCAUUGACUUCUAUCUCUUCUGAACUCAAUUACAGAUAUCUGUGAGUCAGUUUUGACGUGUUAUAAAUCUAAAUCGACAUAUCCGUGGUGUAGUUUUGAAUUGAAUUUUAUAUAUCGAGAAUUCCAUUUGUAAUAUCUGUAUUUUAAGCUCAGUGGUAGAAGUCAACAGUUGCCAUAACAACCACUAAAAAAAUUACAAAAUUACAUUAUGGAUAUGUCAACUUUGAAUUAUAACAAGUCAACAUUGAAUUACAGAUAUCUGGAACUGACAUAGAAUACUGUGAUAGAACUGUGAUAGAAGUCAAUGGUAAAAAUUGACUAGUUGUAAUUUAGUUAGACACAUCUAUAAAGAACAUUUCUACUAGUAACAGUUGAAUUGUAGAUGUCUUUAAUUAAAAUUGCUCAAAAUAAAAUUAUUGAUAUGCCGGCUUGGAACUGUAAAUAUUAAGAAUAAAUACAGUCGUAACUUUUUCCACAAGUGGAAAUUAAAUAUUAUAUAUAAUAAUAUUAUAUUAAAUGUUUUUGUCAGUGAAAAAGGAUCUAAACUAAUCUUAAACAAAAUUAACGAUAUCUUUAAACUAGUUUUGACAAGUAAUGUAAAAAUAUAUUUGUAAUGUGUUACAUUUGAUUGACAGAUGUCUUAGAUUAACACGACAAAAAUCAUUUUCACUUUUCAGCCCGACUGAUUAAAUGUUAAAAAGGUUUGCUGCCGUAGACAAGCGUUAACUCUGAUCAGUCGUAUUGACUGGUAAAAUAUUGAUUAGAGGUCAAACUGAUUUAUCAAUGUGAUCUCGUUGGGGGGGGGGGGGGGGGUAUUUAUUUACUACACUUUAAUUAAUAUUUAUUAAUCCAAUCUUCAUAUUUACUACGAUGUGGAGUUCAUACUGUAUACUUGAACGUGUGUGUGUGUGUGUCUGUGUGUUGUAUGUAGCAGUGUGUGUGUGCGUGUAUGUGUGUAGACGUUACGAGAGGUUGUCUUAAAGCUUGUUCCCUCACAUACAAAAACACACACACACACACACACAUAUAUAUAUAAAUAAAUAUCAAUGUAAACACAACUGUACCUGAACGCACCCACAGGAAGUCGAGUCAUAUGGAGACGAGGAUGAAGAGGAGGAGGCGGAGGGGGAGGACGUGCCGUCGGCUUGGCAACCGUGAUGCACUGUAGCACAUGGGACGACAAUGAGGUGAUGCACAGAAGGACCUGAUGAUGUAAAACACACAGACACUACCUGCUCCGCCCAUCUCAGGGGGGCGGUCCUCUCUGAUGUUUAUUUGUUUGUUUUCUAAAGAUUUGAUUGGUUGGUUGGUUGAUUGUGUUUUUUAAUUUUUUAAAUUUUUUUAGAGAGUGCUGAGUCGUAACUUUGUGCCUUCAGUAUCUCAUCGCCAUGACCACGCCCACCCAGCAAGCACGCGCACACACACACACACAUUUACAGUGGCGAUGUCAUGGCAACAAUAUAUUUAACAAAAAAAUGAUUUAGUAUCUUUUUGGUGCGACUCACGAUGAUGUCAUGACAACUCAUGUCAAAGUGAGUUUCGGCGGCCAAAGUCUGCGUGCUGAUUGGCUCCUGGUUUGUUUCAGCAAAGUCCAAAGACACCAUGUGAACCCCCCAUGACCUCUGACCUCUCCCACACCCUCGAGAAAAGUGUGACCAUGCAGUGAUAAGUGAACAGCUGUAAAGAAGUAACAAAGAUUAAUCAGAUUCAUUAGUUUAACAGUAACGAAGAUGCUACAGAAGUAUGAGGAGAAUAUUCGACUUUGAUUGGCUGAAGGUUGUUUGAAGGUGGCAUCCUGAAUCUGGACUUUAAAAAAAAGAUGAAACAUUUGAAGAAUUGAGUUACAGAGAAAUGGUAACGAUAAUCCGCAGGUUGGUUGUGCCAACACUUUGUGUCUGUUGAUAUUAUAUGAAUUAAACUGGCCAUGGCGUAAACCUCAGUCCAGUCUGUCUGCAAGACGACAUCAUCAAAUAGAAACUAGUGGAACAAUGUUUUAAUGCUCUUGUCGCACCUUUUAUCAACAGGAGGCUGGAUACUUGAUUAUCCCAGUUGUCUUGAAUGCAGCGUGAAUAGCAGCUGGUAAAGGGAGUGUUGUAUGGAAGUCCAUUACUGCCAGGAAAAGAAAAAAAUUAGUGACGUUAGGAAGGAUAAAAAAUAAACACUCAACUUAAAUCAAAAUGACAUGAUGUAACAAGGUUCGUUUGUCAUUUUACAACACAACGUCAACGUGACAUCAGAAAGACGCUGGACUCUUAAGUCAGACAGACAUUAAAUUUUGGUCAGAGUGAUACCAGUGUGACGAUAUUUUAAUUUUUUAACAUUUGAAUUUCACAUGUUGUGGAUGUUCACACAUUCAGACAUUUUUUUUCUCCAUACCUUUCGACCAAAUGUGAUAAUUCUAUGUCAAGAUGGCGUUAGCAUUAGAUGUUUAGUAGACGUUGGAUUUUGUUACUUAACAACACAACUUAAAAUCAACAAAGUAACGUAAUCUAUCAGUUGACAUUGGCAUUAGACAUCCUGACUUUGAAUUUUUGUCAUCUGAUGUCACAACCAAAUUAUUUUGAUUACUAUCAUAAUUUUCAGCCAGAAAUUUAAAAAUCACAACUAUCUCAUUUAUACUUAGAAAAUCAAAAUAUUGUCUCAGUAACUCAUAAUUUUGACUGAUGCAUUUUUUAUCGUCACUCCUAACAGUUUGUUAUUUUUAACAUUUUUUGGUAGAAAUGAGCUUCUGUAUUGUUUACAGAGCCAGCAGAGCAGGCCAACGCACCAACCACCAAUUGUAGCUUUAAACUGAUGAACACCGACAUCAAGUGUUUAUGUGUGUGUGUUUGUGUGUGUGUGUGUGUGUGUGUGUGUGUGUGUUGAGGUGAAGGGGGGGGUGUAAAACAUGGCUGCACAAUGUACAGACACAUAUCAGGCAACUGUCGCCUCGGGGACAGACGGGCGACGACGCCUGCUGACGACAGGGCUAAGCUAACACUAGCCGAUCGCCCACUAGCGUCCAGCCGCUAGCUGCUGCACUGACGUUUGUUUUCUCUACAGUGAAGCUAACACUAGCCUACUGCUAACUGACUGCUAGUAGCACAUAGCAAGUUUAUCCCUGCUAGCUGUUAGCAUUAAUGUGGUUUUAAAGUUUUUUUUUUCAUGUUGGUACCUCAGACUGCUCAGUUAUCAUUGUUAUUAUUAUGAUUAUUACUGUUGUCAUUGUUGUGACUAACACCCAGGGCAUUUGGUUGAAUCUACCAAAGUGCAUUCCUUUACAAAGCUAGCUGAGAGCUAGCCGCUCAAACAGACAGGUGGAAGGUAAGACAGGAAGCAAAAAGUACGUGAGUAGAGGGGCAACAAGAGGAGAAGCUGCCUUUCAGAUCAUAAGGCCCUGUCCACGUGAAUACAGACAUGUUUGAAAAUGGAUAUUUUCUCCGUCUGUCCACGUGACUUUGUUUUUAGAAAAUAUCUCCGUCCACCCUAGAACACCAAACAACUCCAAAGUCCCAGAUAAAGGCAAUGUCAACGAUGCAUCAAAUACCAGAGAAGAAGAUCUGGAGCAUGUGUAGUGGUAGAUGAUAGAAUGUGGUCACCGAGCAUCAAGCCACCAGGAACCACAGACCUUAACCAAAAACCCAUUGAUUUGAAGACGAGGGCACCACGAGUGCUAACAUGCUAAGUCAUUUCUGGGUGUUAAGGACUCAUUUCCUAAGCACUCUCUAUAGUUACCCUACAAUAACACGGGCAAACUGCGCUAGCAUCAACACAGACUGUUAUUCAAACCCGCUAAAAAGUGACAUUGUAGUGAAUGAAUAAAUAUUAAGCCAACGCAGCAAUAAUCUAUUUAAUAAUCCAUCAUAUGUGAAGACGUGACUCAUCUCAUAAGAUACAAGAAAUAACCCCAACCCUCACUUUUAACUUAACCCUUCAGAGCUAGUUCCGUAGCUUCGAAGAAGGCUAGCUAGCUACCUAAGCCAGCUACAUGCUAGCUUAAGUGUUGAUGCUUGUGAGGUAUGCUAGUUUUGUUCAGUGACUACAUUCUAGCAUCUACCUUUUGACACCUAUUUUGGUCAACAUCUUUCUGAUACACGGCCCAAGAGGCUACAGCGAAACAAAACGUGUGAACAGACAACAUGGUGGAGUUGUCGUCAACAAUCUGAUAGUCUGCUAUUGUUGUUUGCAAAUAAAGGAGAGGAUGUUAUCAACGCUCUGUAUCCAGUUUUGCAAAGUCUUAGAAGGCAUUUUCAAAAAUCUCUGUUUUAGUGACAUUAAACUGUUUGUGUGGACGUAGAGGAAAAUAUCUGUUGUCAGGACUAUUUGUAAACGUGUCGACGGGGCCUCAGGAUGAAAGGAGAACAUGUGAUAGUGUUUUGUUUUUUAAAAAGUUUAUUAUUAACAGGCUGCAUUCACACAGGAACAUGAAGUCUGGUUGAACUGACCUCUUGGUAGCAUUCAGAGAAAAAUAAUUUUUCUGCUCACGUGUGAAAGCACCUGUAGCCUAACUAGCCUGCUAGCUUGUUACCAUGCUAGCCAGGUAGCCUACUAGCUUGUUAGCCAUUUUCGCUUCUAUCGGGAGGUCUCCGUUAGCCGCUGUUAGCGUGAAGCUGCGCUGUAUUUCUGUGACGUUUGCCAGCUGGGUUUUAUUGUGGAUUUUAUCUGUAAAUAAUGUGGAGAAAAAUGUUUGAAUAAUGAAUUUUUUGGGGUUGAAUGCGCUGCUGUGCCACGCCGCGGUCAGUUUUACAACGUACUGUAUCUACUGUACAGAACACAGAAGUCAACACUUUUCUAGUGAACCUUUGUUAAAUUUUAUUGUGGUGGAAAAAAAUAUUAUUAUUAUUAUUAUUAUUAUUAAUAAAACAAUUUUAUUGUUUA